AUGGCAAAAGAUAGUUUAGAUAGUGUGACUAUUGGAAUUUUAGAACUAGCUGAUAGUCACAAUGCAAACAACGUUUGCGAAUGGUUUGAACAAAUUCUUAAAGAAUGGGAUAUUCAGAAGCAUCAAGUAUUAACUGUUGUUACUGAUAGUGGGGCCAACAUAUUGUCAGCUGUUAAAAAAAAAACAUUUGGUAAUGAUCAUCAUUUGCCAUGUUUUGCACAUACAUUGAAUCUCGUUACUCAAAGACCAUUAAAUGAACUUCCGGAUAUUCAGAAUAUAAUUUCUAAAAUCAAAUCUAUAGUUACAUUUUUCAAACAAUCAGUCUCCGCUAAUGAUGAACUUAAAAUAGUAUGUGACUUAAAGCUCAAACAAUCAGUACCUACCAGGUGGAACUCCAUAUAUUAUAUGAUCGAUAGGUUUUUACUAUGUUCCAACCAUAUUGCGUCAAUAUUAAUAACGAUUCGUCGAGGUCCCUCUAUGCUAUCUGGAGAUGAAAUAGUUAUUGCCAAAGAAAUUAAUUUAAUACUUAAACCUUUUGAAGCUGCAACUAAAGAGUUCUGUGGGGAAACCUACAUAAAAAGUAGCAAAGUUAUUCCAUUAAUUCAUUGCCUUCUUAAACACUGCGAAAAAAUUGCUGUCAAUAAUCCUACUGUUGUACAAUUUGCCUUGUUAGACAAUUUACAGCGACGAUUUAAGUCAUUACAUUCAAAUAAGCCAGUUGCAGUUUCCAAAGCAAUCCGCACAAUUCGCCUUAACAUUUUAGACAUAAAAACUAAUUCUAGUGGUUCUAAUAAAGACUCUAGUGAUGAUGAUACCGAACAGGCUGAUAAUUUGUGGUCAUUUCAUAAUGAAUUGGUGUCAAAAAAGCGUCGGAAAAUUCUGAAGAGAACAAUGAGCGUAUGCCAACAGAACUAA